CAUUCUGAGAGGAGAACCACCGAAGCCCCCAGAAACUACAACUCAAGACCAACUCCGCCUGGCAAGCAGCAGAUUUUGGUUUUUUUUUGUAUUUUGCAUGUGAUGCCAAAGAAGAAGAGUAAGGGGCGGCUGUGAGGAGGCUGGAGCUCUCCAAAGAAUGAUAGUGAGGACCAGGGCGCGCUGUCCCAGGAGAACUCAUCCGAAGAGCUGGCACCGAGACACCGGGAUGCUCCUGUGACGCACCGGCGGGGGGGGUGGACCGGUUUUCCUGAGCAGACGGUCUCUGUGGCAGAGUUUUACCUCGAGUGGAAGUGACUGAGUGACUGAGUGACUGAGUGAGUGAGUGAGUGAGUGAGUGAGUGAGUGGCUGUCAUGGAAGGCAACAGAGCAGAUGUCGAGGACCCUCCCUACCAGAACCUGCUUCUCUUGGGAGCCAUUGCAGCAGCGUCUGCCUUCGUGGUCACCAUCCUUAUUGUCCUCGUCUGCGUUGGCUGCCAAAGAAAAAGCAAGAGCAAGCACCCUCCAGCCGGAGAGAAAGGGACAUCUGUAAAUAUGCAGGGCACACUCCGCCAUCCCAAACUGAACUCCAUGAGCAAGUCUGACACCAGGCUGCACGAGAUCAAUCGCUUCCCCUGCAAUGGAAACUCUGUUAGUAAGAGCCGUCCAGCCAGUAUGGACCUCCUGCUCCUCCACAGUCGCUGCUCCCAGACAGACCUGAGGCCCUCCCAUGGGCGCCAGCUACCCCAGAUCCCCACCAGUCCCCAGGGAUCUGAGGCCAGAGACCACACUUACACCGAGGUGGGCCUGCGCAACAACCCCACCCCGACCCACGGCCUGGACGAUGGCCUGUAUGAAAGUGUAGGCGUCCGGGAGGGUGAAACAGGCCUCAGGGUACCCUCUGCCCCGCCGUCCACAUCAUCCAACACGCCAGCUUUAGUCAGGGCUGCCCAAAGCCCGCCAGCUCAUACCAACGGAGGCCGCAAUGGAAACGGGCUUGGAAAUGGAAGCAGAGGGAACGGCAGGGGGAACGGCACCAUUAAUGGUCCGAUGAAUGGAAGAGGUAAUGGGGUGAGCGGUGUCAGUAGGUCCCCCCUGUCUUCUGUUAAAUCUCUGGCUAUUCAAGAUCCGACUGCGGCCGAGUACGCUUCCAUACGCAAGUUCAAAAAGGUUGACAAGACAAGCAGGAAGGAAAACAACGGGGCCGACAGCCAGUCAGACAGCCAGUCGAGCGUGAGUGAUUCACCCUCUGCUGCUCCUCCUCCACUGCAUCGCAGUCAGGAGUUUCCACGCAAGCCACUGGAGCCAUUCCACCUGCACUCCUUCCCAAAGGAGGCCGUGUUCAUGGGCAACGGGGAGCAGUACAUUUGGAAGCCUCCAGAGGACGAUGACAUCAUCACCUUGCACCCACCUCCACACCGCGGCGAGAACGGACAGGGACACCCAUCGCCCCCAACUGCAAAGGAGAUUGCAGACACUUACUCCAUCGUGUGUAAAUCCCAGAAGAAGAAACCUCCUAUGGAAAACAACGGAGCAAAGACCCUCCCCCGCUCCUUCGGUGGGGAGAGGGGAAACGCAGGUUCCCGUGGGCGAGGAAGAGGAGUCCAGGGCCCGGCACGUUCCCAAGAGGAGCCCUGCUACGAGUCGUUUGGAGACAGGUCCUGGUCCACAUGCGCGGUGGCUGAGUCUGACCCUGCGUAUGCUACUAUCGACAGCCAAAGGAAACGUGAGCAGGGGGGAACCAAUAACGGCACAGCAGGGGGUAGUGCCACUCUGAAGAGAAAGAAGCCGACGCCGCAGCAACAACAAGCAGCACCAGCGGCACCUCAGGGCUCAGGACCCACCGCCCUGCCUGCUAGAGGCCUGCCUGGUGGGGAAAACUUCUAUGAGACCAUCAGUGAUGUGAAACAAGGGGCUAACAGCGCCAGCACCACCACCAUCUUCACCUUCAAUGAUGGGAUGGAGAUGUACGUCACUGGCCUGUAGCUGACUGACUGUCAGAAGGGGCCCAGAACCCUCUGGUACUGAGUCAGGAGCGGGACCCUGUUCACCUGCCAGCAGGUUACUGUACAUAGAUACAAGGCCCUCUAUAGACAAACAACAUGAGGAUCCAUUUUUGUGUUGACAUCAGGUACAAACAGGGUCUUUGUCCAGGUUCAGACUUCCCUUGAUUGGUCUGCACUUCAGAACCAGCCUAAGCCUAGUCCAGCCCAAAUAUGGACCAAAUACAUUUCAACAACCAAGAAAAAAAACUAAGAGAAGAACUGGAAUUAACUGUACAUCUUUAAUCUACUGUGUCACUAAACAUACUCACCUGUUUGUGCAUCAUUUUCCAUAAUAUCUUUAUUUUUAUAUGAACACCGUACUCUUUAAAGAGUAUGUGAUGAAACUCACAACAUGAGAAAGAAAAAAAAACACUUUAAUAUAUGUAUAACAAAAUAAAUUUGCAUGCAUUGUGCAAACUCAAACACACCUGAACAUAAACUGUAGUAGCAAGGAGCCUGGAUGUAUUAGGAGCGUAAGGCACAACGAUAGCUAUUGUCACCCAUACACACACACAAGCACAAGCACAACACACACCCAUAGGCCUCCUCUUGGUGGGACUUAUGUAAUAUAAGCAGAUGGAUGUUACAGAGAUUUGCUGUGCUUAGCUCUCACUAAGCAAACAUCUGAAACAGGUUCUCUGUGCACAGUGGCCUAUUGCCUGGCCAACUGAAUUGUGGUGCUUUGUUCAAACAUAGCCCAUAUAAUUUGUAGUUCUCAAAGCAAAGAGGCCAAUAAAGCCUUUUGUCACAGUUAGACAAAUUACCAUCAACGUGCCCUAAAUGUAUUAGCAAUUAACAAUAACAGCCCUCGUGAUAAAUAUAAAAAUGGACUCUUGCGCAAUAAAGUAUCUUCACGUAAAUCAUGAGAUUAGUUAACAAUCGGUGCUCAGAUUUGGCAAACAUGAUGACACACCUCAGCACACCCCCACAUGGAUACACUCAGACUUGGCAGAGUCAUGCAGGGUAAGUGAUCAGGUCAGGGGCAUCGAGUGGGUGACAAAUUUCACAGUGUGAGAUGUUAACUAUAUUACUGGGAUCAAAUGAGAGCAGAAUAUUAAAAACAAAAAAUAAAUAGGGAAGUGAAAGUGCCCAAAAUAACACAGGAUGUUUUAUUCUAUGCAGUUAAUAUGUCAUAUCCUUUGGGCUUUGAAAACAUACGAUCUUAGGACCAUUUUAAUUUUGCACUGGCCAGCUGCAGGACUGGUUUGCUUAAUCGUGCAUUAGUGAGUUUUGAAGGGUGUUUUCAAAAUGCCGUCCUGAUUUGCUCCCUGGUCUCAAGACAGAACCAGAGUGGCCCUGCAACUCACCAGACAGAAGGUUUGGGCUCCAAGCAAAAUAAAGAGCUGGGCAUGAAAAUUGCCUGCAAGUGUCCUUUGGAAGGUUGCCCCUCACCCUCUCCCCCACCCUCACCUCCAGGCAGAGUUCUCUUCCAUUGUAAACAAUGUCUUUCCCAUGUAGAUUUGGGCAACAUUAAAACAGCGGAAGAAAACAAAACAUUUGAGCCUUAAUAAAUGGGCAUGAAGAUAAGAGCUGGAGAGGGAUACAAAAUGCUCACAGGCUGAGAGAUGGAGGAUGCAUUAGAAUGAGCUCCCUGAGACAAACAUGAGAAAACAAAGAAAAAACGGGUUUAAAAAUCUUAGUAGCAUACGCUCACAAAUGCUACUGCAUCUGAAAGUAUGUAAAAAUGAUUGCACUCUGUAUUUUAUGCACUGUUUCUUUUUGUUAUUACUUACUGACAAUACCAUUGGUUAAAUAGCUCAUGCCACUGCCAUAAAAAAAGUAUGUUUAUGUUGUUGGUGCAAUUUUUUCUGCUUGAUCAAAAAAGUGCAUGCUUUGAUAUAUGGAGAUGAAAACAAAUAUUGUGGUACUUAAUUGAUCUCUUGUUCGUUGAUCUUUUCUGUUGUAAUUUUUUGCCACGUGAUGCAAAGCAGCAUUCUAUUUUUUUUUCCAAAGCAACAACUCGAAGGAAGAGAGGAGAAAAAGAGAGAGAGAAAGCACGGAGAGUUUAGGGCCGAGAGUUGUUUAUCCUCUCCUCUGGGGGAGCAAGACAGAGCGGCAGAGGUGGGGGAGGGAGAUGGAGAUCAGCUAGUGUGGAGCUAGAUGAGAAACACUGCAAAUGGACAUGGAUGCAAAAGACCCUCCUCCUCCUCCUCAUAGCGUGCAUGCACACUUGUACACUGGCAGGCACACACACACACAGCAACAUUGAGCCAUGUGCGUUUACAGUUUCGGGGAAGAAGCACAUUUUGCUUCCACUUGGUCGACCCUUGCAUACACUCCUCCCCCAGCUGUGUUUAUCCUCCAGUAACCGACACAGACCUCUCUCUUCUCCGCUUCACCUCGCUCCCUCGCUGUGCAGGGGAGUGGCGUUUGAUGUCCAGUUCUGAGGGACUCUGGGAGUGAUAUGGGGGAUUGUGGGUCAGGCCAACCCCAUGUCUAAUAUGAACGAUGCACCAAUGGCUCAACCACUGACUGAUAUGAGAAAUGGCUAACAGCUGAGAAGCUUAACAAGCUCUGUUGAGGCUACCUUUAGACAACGCUGGCAGGAAAUCACUAUCACACUUAAUCCUUCUCCUCUGGCUGUCACUUUACGCGUCACAUUUUCUUUAUCCUCAGAGAAAGCACUGACCUGAUAUAUUUUUUGCUGAGCACUGUCACACACUGAUCAAGACCGAUGUUCAUUGCACAAACAAAUACAGUAUGAUGAUGUAAAUGUGUAAAAAUACUCUGCUGCUGUUCUGAUGUUGUUCCAAUGUAACAUACAGUAUACAGUAUAUUUGUUGAAAAAAAAGAUGGUUAUCACAGACACAUUGUACUUUGUGGAUGCAAAAUGUUUCAUGCUUUCCAUACAGAUACAGAUGCUGUUUGAAAAUUGUCUUCAGAUAUAAUUAUGGGCCAAUACUGCUGUGACAGCUGUAGCCAAUGUUGUAUGUUCUUAAAGCACAGGGUUUAGUCUAAAAAUAGCAAAUAUAAUAAAAAAUAUAGUGACAGUGCAGAUAUGCAAAAGAUUGUAAUGUUUUAUAUUAACCUUCAUAAAAUAUUUAAGUGAGUUUUUACUUUUCUAAUAAAGUGGCACAUUAUAACGCGUCUCUGUCUUUUGCCUGUA